GGUCAUUAACAAACAUUUGAGAAAAACAGUAGGGUUUAAGGCGGGUUUUGCCAUAUCGAAGCUCGGCCACGAAGGCGGCGUUGGGACUCCUUAUCUCUUUCCGUCUGAUGAGCCCUCUCGAUCUCCAUUUCCUCUCUCGCUCCAUCGUUUCUUCUUGCGACGACUUUGAUGAGUAGCUGCGCCACCCUCAUCCAACCCAAACUCCACUCUCUCGAUUCGUCUCAGGUUCUGUUAACUCCCCAUUGCCUACCUCCAUCUUCUCCACAUAGAAGGGAUAUGUGGGGAACCUUAUUCCUGCGAGUUUCCCGUCCCUGUUCUUCCUUCUCCUUGUCUUCCGUUUGCACCCCCAUCACCAAUUUCGUCAAAGAUAGCUUCUUUUUGAAGAAAGCUUCGAUUUUGGAUUCGAGAACGCCUUUUAAUGAAGGUUACGGCAUGUUCUCUUCAUUGGAUCUCUGUAACCAGAGAUCUCGUCGAAGAAUUCUCUCUGUCGCGAGGUUCAAGGGGUUUGCCAGCGUUGCUGAAGCAGUUGAAGCUAUUUCAUCAACUGAUGUCGAUGAAGAAAUCUCCUCAAUUGAGGAAAUUCAUGGGUUUUUGGAAGAGAUUAGUUUUAGAGAAGAAGCCAUUGAUACUUCUGAGGGGUGUUUAAGGAAGAUGGAACACCAUAAGCGACGGAAGCUGAAACAGCAGCACGCGAGGAGGGUAAUUCCCGGCAUGGGUGCCGGAAAGUACCACAUUCUCCGGCGAAAGCAGAUAAAGAUAGAGACGGAAGCAUGGGCUCAAGCGGCGCAGGAAUACAAAGAGCUCGUGAUGGACAUGUGUGAGAAGAAGCUCGCCCCUAAUCUCCCUUAUAUGAAAUCUUUGAUUUUGGGAUGGUUUGAGCCUUUUAGGGAUCAGAUUGUUGCAGAGCAGGAGCUGUGUAAGGAUCCCAAGUGCAAGGCUUCACAUGCGCCUUACUUCAAUGAGCUUCCUUCGGAUAUGAUGGCGGUCAUCACCAUGCAUAAAUUGAUGGGUUUGUUGAUGACAGCAAGUGGAGAUGGAAGCGUUCGGGUUGUUCAAGCCUCUUGUCAGAUUGGUGAUGCCAUUGAGCAAGAGGCUAGAAUUUACAGAUUUUUGGAAAAAACAAAGAAGCAAAAUGUCAAUAAUAAGAGAGGUCAAUAUGAUGAUGACGAUCCUGUAGCUAGAGAGGAACAACGCUUGAGGAAAAAGGUCGAAGAUUUGAUGAAGAAACAAAAGCUUCCCCAAUUAAGGAGUUUAGUUAAAGGGAAGGAUAAAAAUAGGCCUUGGGGUCAGGAUGCUCAGGCUAAGGUUGGGAGCCGUUUGAUUGAACUAUUAAUUGAAACAGCUUACAUACAACCCCCCGUUAAUCAGCAUAUUGACGGUCCGCCUGAUAUCCGCCCUGCAUUUAGACAUUUACUCAAGACUUUGAUAAAGGAAACGAAGAAAUCUAGCAGGAGAUACGGGGUUAUCGAAUGUGAUCCGCUUGUUCGUCAAGGGCUAGAGAGAACAGCUAGGCACAUGGUCAUUCCCUACAUGCCUAUGUUGAUACCUCCUGUGAAUUGGACAGGGUAUGAUAAAGGAGGACACUUAUUUUUACCAUCUCACGUAAUGCGAAUUCAUGGCGCAAAAAAACAGCGCGAGGCAAUAAAAAGGGUGCCAAAAAAUCAAUUGCAACCAGUUUUUGAGGCACUCAAUACGCUUGGGGAAACCAAAUGGAGGGUUAACAAAAGGGUUCUUGGUAUUGUAGAUAGAAUAUGGUCAAGUGGUGGGCGUCUUGCAGAAUUGGUUGACCGUGACGAUAUUCCACUUCCAGAGAAACCUGCAACUGAAGAUGAGAACGUGAUUAGAAAGUGGAGGUGGAAAUUAAGAGCUGCAAAAAAAGAAAAUAGUGAGAAACAUUCCCAGCGGUGUGAUGUGGAACUUAAACUGGCUGUAGCUCGUAAAAUGAAAGAUGAGGAAGGUUUCUAUUACCCACAUAACCUUGAUUUUAGGGGUCGUGCAUAUCCGAUGCACGCGUAUCUGAAUCAUCUUGGUUCGGAUUUAUGUAGAGGAGUGUUAGAAUUUGCCGAGGGGCGUCCGUUAGGAAAAUCAGGCUUGCGCUGGUUGAAGAUUCAUUUGGCGAAUCUAUAUGGAAAUGGUGUUGACAAAAAGUCGUAUGAUGGUCGAAUUUCGUUCACGGAGAAUCAUUUGAGCGAGAUAUUUGAUUCGGCAGAUAGGCCGCUUGAAGGCGAGCGGUGGUGGUUGAAGGCGGAGGAUCCAUUUCAGUGCUUGGCAGUUUGUAUAAACUUGGCGGAAGCAUUAAGAAGCUCGUCACCAGAAACUACGAUUUCUCAUUUGCCUGUGCAUCAGGAUGGCUCUUGUAAUGGUCUUCAACAUUAUGCGGCACUUGGAAGAGACAAGUUGGGAGCUGCGGCGGUAAACUUGGUUGCGGGUGAAAAGCCAUCUGAUGUUUACUCUAGCAUAGCUGCAAGAGUUUUAGAAAUCAUGCAAAAGGAUGCCAAAAAAGAUAGUGCUACCGACCCAAACGUGGCUCGUGCUCGACUUCUAAUUGGUCAUGUGGACCGCAAAUUGGUGAAACAAACAGUUAUGACUUCCGUUUACGGUGUCACCUACAUCGGCGCACGCGAGCAAAUAAAGAAAAGGUUAAAGGAACGAAACGCCAUCCCGGAUGAUUCCGAGCUAUUUAAUGCUUCCUGCUAUGCUGCAAGGGUUACGUUGACCGCGCUCGGGGAGAUGUUUGAAGCUGCCCGAAGCAUCAUGAACUGGCUUGGUGAAUGCGCGAAGUUGAUUGCCUUGGAAAAUGAACCGGUGAGGUGGACGACGCCUCUCGGCCUUCCUGUCGUUCAGCCAUAUAAUAAGUUAGGAAGGCAUCUAAACUUCUCUUCAAGUCAAGUGUUAUCUCUCCAACGAGAGACCGACAUGGUAAUGGCGAAACGUCAACGGACAGCUUUUCCGCCAAACUUCAUUCACUCCCUGGAUGGAUCCCAUAUGAUGAUGACUGCUGUGGCCUGUAGAAACGCUGGAUUGAAUUUUGCAGGAGUUCAUGAUUCGUACUGGACUCACGCCUCCGAUGUUGAUGAGAUGAAUGUGAUUCUUCGAGAGAAGUUUGUGGAGCUCUACAAGCAGCCCAUUUUGGAGACUCUACUGGAGAGCUUUAAAAAAUCUUUCCCUGCAUUAACUUUUCCCUCAUUGCCGGACCGCGGAGAUUUCGGCCUCAAAGAUGUUCUUCGUUCAACCUAUUUCUUCAACUAAGGAGACACAAGACCCUAAUUUCUAUUCAUAUUUCUGAUCGAAACGGCUAACAAUGACUCGGUGUGUCGCGAGAUACUGAGUUGACUCAGUGCUGUAAGUGAAGGCGAAAAUGGUCUGCUUCGGUGAAAAUGGCGGCGGACGGAGGGAGCUCAUCGGCGAAUAUUUAAGAGCCUGGAAGUUCAGUGAAGGCCAAAGGAACCAUUGGGUUCUGAAGUUUGGAAGCAGAUGUAGGGAUGGUUUUGAUUUUUGUAUGUUUUAUUUACAUAUUUGUUUUGUUGAGGUCUACAAUAAUAU